AUCGAGAACUGUUCGAUAAAGACUUCGAAAGAUUACAAAUUACAGAUUUCUCAUUACUUUUCUUAUACAUAUAGUCUUUUUGGCAUGGGCGUAAAGAAAAAGGUAGUACUUAUCUUGUUUUUUUGUCGGUAAGAGAUCUUUGCCAUAUCUGUAAUUUCAUUCGUUACACAACCGCGGCAACCGGGAAUAAUUGUCGAGAAAACAUCAUGAGUUUCAUAACCUUCGGGAUUUUGACAGUCAGUGAUACUUGUCAUAAGGAUCCGUCCAAAGAUGCAAGUGGGCCGGAGGCUGAAAAAUGUAUCUUGGAUACUGAAACUCAGACAGGAGCAGUUCUCAAGGGUCAAGUUCUGUGUAAAAAAAUUGUACCUGAUGAGGAACCUGCUAUAAUGAAAACUCUCAUUCAAUGGUCAGAUGGGCUCAAUGUUAAUGUAAUUCUGACAACCGGUGGGACAGGAUUUGCACACCGUGAUGUUACCCCUGAAGCUACAAAAAGAGUAAUUGAGAAGGAAGCGCCAGGGAUAUCGUUUGCAAUGAUGAAUUACGGUCUCAAAAAAACUCCCAUGGCAAUACUUUCACGUGCGACUUGCGGGAUCAGAGGUAAAACUCUGAUUAUCAAUUUACCGGGUUCUCCCAAAGCAGUACAAGAAAGUUUGAUUGCAAUCGCUGAUGUGAUACCCCAUGCUGUAGCAUUAAUUUUGGACAAUAAGCCAAUGGUUCAAACAGAUCAUAAAAAAAUCCAGGAGAGCGAAAAGUGUCAGGAUGCCUCUGUGAAACAUCGAAAUUUAGCAAUUGUUAUGAACGAUGUAGCCAAUCGAUUGAGACAAUCACCAUAUCCAAUGAUCUCGUUGGAGCAGGCAAAAAUCAUAGUGGCCAGCGAAGCUCUAUGCGAAGACAUUGAAAGAAGAACAACAGUAGUUUCGUUGAGAGACUCUCGUGGUAGAGUCCUCGCUUCAAAUGUACGCAGUUCUUGUGAUUUACCACCAUUCAGAGCUUCGAUCAAAGAUGGAUAUGCUGUUAUCGCAAAAGAUGGGGCUGGUGAGAGAUUGGUAUUAGGUGGCGUUGAAGCUGGACACGAGCCUGACUUUUUCCAAUUGAAGAAUGGUGAAUGUGUGAGAGUUAAUACCGGUGCUCCUGUACCAAAAGGGGCAACGGCUGUUGUUCAAGUUGAGGACACAAAAGUGAUUGCUUCUGAGAAAACUGCGAACAAUAGAACGAAGGAAACGAAGAUAGAAAUUUUGUGCGCUCCACAAUUCGAUCAAGAUAUCAGAAACGUGGGAAGCGACAUAAAAAAAGGAGAACUUGUUCUUAGUGAAGGAACUCGUAUAGGAGCCGCUGAAAUGGGAAUUCUCGCUGCAUGUGGUAUCUCGGAAGUUCCGGUUAUGAAACUUCCGGUUGUGGGAGUAAUGUCUACCGGAAAUGAGCUUCAAGAGCCUGGAGAGCCACUUAAACCUGGCCACGUUUAUGACAGCAACAAAAUCACGUUGAUGGAAACCCUCAAAGAAAAUGGCUACGAUUCAGUCGAUCUUGGUAUUGUCAAGGAUGAUUUGCAGGCAAUGAUUACCGCGAUCGAGAACGCUGUAAAACUCGUUGAUGUUCUGAUAACGACUGGUUCUGUUUCGAUGGGAGACAAGGACAUGUUGAAGCCGAUCCUAAAAGAGAUUUUUGAAGCCACAAUACAUUUUGGUCGUGUUAAUCUGAAACCCGGAAAGCCAACAACUUUUGCCACCUCUGUUUAUCAGGGUAAAAAAAAGUACUUUUUGUGCCUGCCUGGAAAUCCGGUUUCAGCAAUGGUUACGGCUCAACUUUUUGCAAUACCAUUGUUGCAUAGUUUGUCGGAAUGUCCUUUAAGUCGAACAAUUAUUAAAGUCGAGUUAACAAACGAUUUCAAACUUGAUCCUCGUCCCGAAUACGUUCGAGCAACCGUCAAAUGGAAUGAUAAAAAUACGAUUCCUAAAGCCUACAUGACCGGAAAUCAAAUUAGCAGCAGAUUACUAAGCUUUAGAAGUGCCAAUGCUCUUCUGAUGUUGCCAGGGAAACAACCGGACAAACCGACUAUAAAAAAAGGUGAAGUUGUUGAGGCAAUGCUUUUGGGAUUCGACAAUAUGAUGGAAGAUAUAUUUGAGUAAAUUACAAAAAAUUAUGUGAACACAUUUUGGGACUCGAAGAUCUACAAAUGUGAAAAUGGAUUACUUAUUUUUUUAUCUCGUUAAUAAGUUGAAACCUCAAGAAUAGAUACAAUUGAAUGAGAACUCCUGGGAUCCCAAUCUUGUUAUGUUUAAACUAGUGUUCCUGGUAUGCCAUAAAAUGGUGUAUCAUAAAGUACCCUUUGGUGACGAUUUAAUGGUGAAAACUCAAUAGAAUGAAACAAGUUUUCAAACAAAUGAAGUUAUUUGCUCCCUAAGUUGGUGGAGUUCUCAAUUCGACUGUAGGGCUAGGAUUUAACAGUGAUGCGAUGCUCAACUUUAUUUUUUAUGAGGUUUAAUUUUUAUAUUUGUGUUAUAUGAAUAAAAAAUAUUUUAUCAUGUA